AUGCCUGUGCAAUUCAUUAGUGAACCUAAACAGGUGGACGACGCCAUCCGCGAGAGUGACUCGAAACCUGUCAUCAUUCAUUACUGGAAUCCCUCCAUGGGAGAAGAAUCCCCAUUCUUGACUAUGUUCCAUGAAACAGAUGAAGCCUUUGAGCCCCAGGUCUCCCUCUACGUCGUCGACAGUGGUUUCAUUAAGCCACCGCAUUCAGCCGAAGAAUUGCCCUUGACCGUGCUUUAUGAUAACGGAAAGGAAAAGAAAUCUGCUCCUUUCAAUGUGGAUUUGGUUCAAAGCCUCAUCUCCCAAGCGCUGGCUUGA